AUGCCUUUCGGCAUACUUGAGUGCAAAAAAAUGGAGGUCGUUCCUGGAACGGCCUUCAUGAGUGAUCAGGACGAUUUGCCUCCAGAGUACUCAGAUAUACCUAGAGAACUCCUCAAACACGGCAAGGGCAGAUACAAGGACGUGAUUCUGGUGCCACAGCCUUCGGACAGCCCUAAUGACCCCUUGAACUGGCCCCAAUGGCAGAAAGAAGUAAUCCUCCUCGUCGUUGGGCUUGCCGCCGCGGUAGUCGGUGCAUACGGCCCCAUGCUGUCCCCAGGCUUCGUCCAAGUCUCAGCCGACCUAGGCAUCACCGUCGAAGUCCUCUCGCAAGCCACCGCCUGGCUUAUCCUCACCAUCGGCCUCUCCCUCUUCAUCACCAACCCACUCGCAAAGAUCUUCGGCCGCCGACCAAUCUACAUCAUAUCCAUCUUCAUCAUGUUCGCCACGAGCGUGUGGGGCGCGGCUGUCACCAACUACAGCUCAUUCCUGGCCAGCCGCAUCGUCGCGGGCAUCGGCAUGGCCCCCUUUGAGAUCCUGGUGCAGUGCACCAUUGGCGAUCUAUACUUUGUGCACGAGCGCGCCACCCGCAUCGCCGUGUGGAACCUUUUCUUGCUCACGGGCAUUGCUGGAGGUGCGCUGAUCUCGGGCUACAUUAUCGAGCUGGACGGGUACAGGUGGACGUUUGGGGUUUGUGCCAUCUUCUUUGGAGUUUUGAUGUUCGGCGUCGUCUUUCUUGUCCCGGAGACGGCGUACAGGAGAGACUCGGUGGUUCCCAUCUUGGUCAAGGAUGAGAAGAGUGAGUUGCACGGUGGCAUGGUGCACAUGGAGCUGGGACAUGAGCACGACCUAGUGCACUCUGAGAAGGGCGUCAUGCAUCAUGUCGAGCACAACCAGGCAAGCACAGAGAAGAGGCACACCUUCUGGCAGUCUCUUCGUGUGUUUACUGGGCGGUACACCGACGCUCCGGCCUGGAAGAUCUUCUUGCGUCCAGUCGUCAUGUGGUUCUACCCAGCUGUUCUCUGGGGAUUUCUCAUCUAUGGAACGACACUCACCUGGAUCGUUGUCUUUUCCGUCGUCAAUGGUGUCAUCUUUGUCGCUCCGCCUUACAACUUCACAGUCAGCCAGACCGGAUUGAUCAGUCUGUCACCCUUCAUCCUCACAAUCAUAGGCGAGGUCAUCUCCGGUCCUCUCAACGACUGGAUCUGCGUGCACCUCACCAAGAAAAACAAGGGCAUCUACGAGCCCGAGUUCCGCCUCCCGCUCAUCAUCGUGGCCGUUGUCCUGGGUACCGUUGGCUUCUUUGGGUUCGGAGCCACGAUCCACUACCAGACGCACUGGGCUGGGCCUGUGCUUUGUUUCGGCUUUGCCAAUAUGAGCCUGGUCUUUGCCUCUACUUGCGUGUUUGGGUAUAUUAUCGACAGCUACCGGCAGCACAAUGAGGAGGCUUUUGUGGCCAUCAACGCGAGGAAUCUGUUGACGUUUGGACUGACCUACUUCGUCAAUGACUGGUUGGUAGAACAGGGAUCUCUGGUCGUGUUCUCCAUCCUGGGGGCUCUGUUCUUGUUCGUCUGCUCGCUCACGAUACCUUUGUGGAUCUUUGGCAAGAAAAUCCGAAGCUCCAUCAGCCGCACCGGAUGGCUGCAGAGGUUCAUGAACGACGAGAGUUAA